CGGAAGUGUGAGCUGCGGCCUGUUGGAGGUGGAUGAACGACGCCAUGGGAGGCGAUCAGAGCCCGGCUCCCGAGAGGGAGAUGAAGAAUUUCCACUUCCGUCAAAUGAAGAAAAUCCGAAUCUUUGAUUCUCCAGAUGAGUUGCCGAAGGACAGGGUUAAUCUCCUGACUUUGUCCAAUAUUUAUGGACUGAUUUUUCUGGGCGGGAAAACUGGCCUGAAGAUUCUGAACACCCAAUAUCUUACCCUGGUUGACCAGAGCGAGGGGAACAUUAAUACAAUCAGCGAAGAUCCUCCUGUCAUGACAGUGAAUAUGAAGCUCCCAGUGCACCACAUUGGCCUGAGCUGUGACGACUUCACCUUGUCUGUUGCUAUGACGUCGGAGGAGUAUGGGCUGGUCAUUGCCUUUUUCGAUGUACGAACGUUUUUGAAUAAGGACAAGCUGCAGAAGCGACCGUUUGUGUACUACAAGCCGGAGAAAACCUGCACAGUGACGGAUUUGAAAUGGAAUCCGGCUGUGAACUGUAUCCUGGCAGUCUGCAUGUCGGAUGGAAGCCUGACCAUCCUGGAGGUCACUGAUGUCAUUAAGCAGCAUGCCUCCCUUCCCCCGACAGCCGAUAUAACCUCAUUGUGCUGGAGUCCGAAAGGGAAGCAGCUGGCUGCGGGGAGGCGGAAUGGGACGGUUGUUCAGUACUCACCGGUUCUACAAGAAAAGAAGAUUAUCCCGUGCCCCCCUUUCUACACAGCAGACAAUCCAGUUAAAGUGUUGGAUAUCUGUUGGAUCAGCACGUACGUUUUUGCGGUGGUUUAUGUGGCUGCGGAUGGAUCACUGGAAAGCCCUCCUGAGCUUGUGAUGGUCUCCCUGGCGAAAAAGGAUGAGAAACGAGAGGACCAAUUCUUGAACUUUAAUGACCUGUGCUUUGGGAUAUCGACUGAGAGGCAGCACCAUUACUACCUGCACUACUUUGAGUAUUGGGAUCUUAUCUUGGCCUCUUCAGCUGCAUCAAUUGAAGUCAGCGUUGUGGCUCGGCAGCCCGAUAAGGUCAACUGGGAAGUCUGGGUCUUGGAGGAUGCAGCCCGAGCAGAAUUCCCUGUGACUGACAAUAGCGAUGACACAAUGCCAGUUGGUAUUGGUAUUGACAUCACCAAUCAGCAAGCAGUCGCCAUAGGCAAUGAGAAGACUUUCCCUCCUCCUCCAAUCUUGAUAUUGCUUUCAACAGAUGGGCUCCUAUGUCCAUUCUAUAUGCUCAACUCUAUACCUGGAAUGAAGACACCAGUGAAAUCACCAGUUUGCCCACACCUUGAAGGGGAGAGAGAACCCAAGCCAGCUCAGGUAUCAAUCCCUGCCCCGUCAGUACUGAUGCCAUCGCACGUUGUGACUGCAUUGCCACAGCAGUCUGCGGUGGCCAUGCACCCACCGGCUUCCUUCCGUCCAUCUGUGCUGCCAGUCAUCCUGCCGUCUUUGCCCACCUUCCCGAGGGUACCCGCCCAGACUCCGCACCCCAAAGACAUGCCGAAUGCUGGAGUCAAAAUCGAGCUGGAGGAAGUGUCCUCCUCGAGUGACAGUCAAGGACCGGACUCCUCUGGAGCUAAGCUGAGUCUGGUAACACCUGCCAAAUUUGUCAGGUUCUUGGGGAGUGAAUCAUCCAGUGAGACUGAGUGGCAGCAACAGAUGAAGCAGCUGCUGCCCUCCGCAGCACAGGGUCCAACUCCAGGUACUGCAGCACAGGGACGAACUCCAGUCAGUGUUCGAAGUGCGUUGGGUGCUGCUGCCACCUUUCCUGUAUCCAAGACAUGUCCGACUCAGAGCUCUGCCUCCUUAGAACUGUCCGUGUCUGAUUUGGAGAAACAGCUACAACAGCAUCCUGUCCUGGACCCUGUCAUGAUGGGAAUCAUGGAGGAGAUCUCUCUCUUUCAGAAGGAACUUGAUGAUUUGAAGGCCCGCACGGCACGCUCGAACUUUGAGGUUGGCAGUGCCAAGGAGAUGACCCUCCUGCGGUAUGAUGCCCAGUCACUGCACACCUUCCUGUUGGAGGUCAAGGAGAUAACAGAGACUCUACAUGAAGAAAUCGGCAUUCUGAAGACGAUGAUGCUGGAAGGAUUUGCUGCUGUGGAAGAUGCAACUACACAUAAUGAGCGAAACAUGGACAAGAAUUACCUUCAGCUCCUGCGUCGAAAACCCCUCAGCCCAAAGAACGAAGCCCAACUGAAGGAAAUUCGCCAACUGCAUCAGUAUGUGAAGUUUGCUGUGCAGGAUGUGAAUGAUGUGUUGGAUAUGGAAUGGGAGCAAUACCAGGAGAAGAACAAGAAGCACAAACACCUACUUCUACCAGAGAGGGAAGUGUUGUUCAACGCUUUGGCGAGUCACCAUGAGAUCAUUACCCAGCAGGAUAAGAAGAUUAAUGAACUGAUAGACAGCCUGCAGAACCUCCGUAUUUAUAACCAGACCUCCAAAUGGUGUGUGCCCAAUGAAAAGUGUCUGCUCAGUGAUCGUUGCUGGGAUACUGAGUUAGAGAUGCUGCGCAAUGUCCUGGUGAAGACUACCCUGGAUGGAACACCAAAAGGGACUCCAGCUACCCCAGGUAAACUAUCUCCAGUGAAACAAUCCCAGCUACGGAACUUCCUUUCCAAAAGGCAGACUCCACCUGUGAGAUCCACUGCGCCAGCUAAUCUAUCCAGGUCAGCCUUUUUAUCACCAAAAUGUUACGGUGAGUUGGAAGAGUCGAGUCUUAAGCCUACUUCGCUCCGAUUGGAUUAUGAAGGUCUUCAGGCCAAAGAGUUAAAACAUGCUCCUGUCACCAGGCUGCCCUCCUUUCCACCAUCGGCGAUUACCGCGCAGUCAACUCCUUACAGCAAAGGCCAGCCUCCAGCUGGUCCCACUGCCACCACAAUUCCAAAGCCAACAGGUAAGAUGGUGAAACUUGGAACCCCAGUGGCUGAGAAGCCAGCCACCAGCCUUCCAGCUGCCCAAGCUGCUGCUCAGGCAGCUUUCCGGAGACAGAUGACCAGUCAGGUGCCAGCUGCAAGUGCGACCUUCCCAGAGCCUGAACAAAAAGAAGUUCCUCCAACCAUUGCGCCUCCAAUCCUGCCCAGUACAGGCCUGCCUCCGGGUCCACCAUCUGUCCACAGCUCGACUUUGUCAGCGUCUGAAACCGAGACUGGGACUCCGGUCAAGCAGGGACCUGUGAAAGGGCCUGUCAAAACCGAGUCAUCUCCGCCUGGAUCAAGUUUACCAGAAUCCUCCAUAUCCUCCUCGAGUUUGAUGACCUCUGUCUCCAUAGGGAGUAUGCUGAAACCUGACCUACCCGUGGUUACAGCUCCUGGCGAGCAGCUCCACAAAAUUUCCUCAUUCCCGGGAGCCUCCACUGGGUUCCAUUUCACAGCCAGCACAUCCUCAUUAAACGCGCUGAGCAACAAGGCUUCAGGGUAUCUUUUAGGUACAAAGGAUGCUAUUCGCUCCAGCUUAAAAGUGCCCAGUAAAGUAUCCUUUGGAUUGGGAACGGACAUCCCCCCUUCACACAGGAGUUCAAAGUCCAGCUCUAGCUCUGUCUCUACACCUGAGUCUGCAGUCACUGGCAUCUAUCCCCCUAAUGCUGUGAGUUCAGAGCUGCAACUGGCUGGCAGACCGGUUGUAAAUGGAACAACUCCUGAGUCUGCUAUCCCUGCCGCCACAGGAAAACUUGAGGAUCAACAGUCCAGUUCCGAAACGCAGCCUUCCAAACCGGAGUCUCGCAUCGAGCUUUACCCACCUAAAACUGAAGUUCCACUGCAGCCUGAACCUGAGACUCUGCUGCAGGCCAGGCCUGAGGUUUCACCACAGCCUGAGGUACCUCAGCCGCAGCCUAGGCCUGAGGUUGCUCCUCCAGAGCCCAGGCCUGAGGUUCUGCCUCAGCCAGGGCCCCAGGUUGCUCCCCUGGAGGCCGGGCCCGAAGGAGCUCCCCUGGAGACCAGGCCCGAGGUUGCUCCUUUGGAGACCAGGCCCGAGGUUGCACCUUUGGAGACCAGGCCCGAGGUUGCACCCCUGGAGACCAGGCCCGAGGUUGCACCCCUGGAGACCAGGCCCGAGGUUGCUCCCCUGGAGACCAAGCCCGAGGUUGCUCCCCUGGAGAUCAGGCCCGAGGUUGCACCCCUGGAGACCAAGCCUGAGGUUGCACCCCUGGAAACCAGGCCCGAGAUUGCACCCCUGGAGACCAGGCCCGAAGUUGCUCCCCUGGAAACCAGGCCCGAGAUUGCACCCCUGGAGACCAGGCCAGAAGUUGCUCCCCUAGAGGCCAGGCCCGAGGUUGCUCCCCUGGACACCAGGCCUGAGGUUGCUCCUGUAGAAGCUGGGCCUGAAGUAGCUCCUCUGCCACAGACUAGGCCUGAAGUAAUACCGCUGCAGAGUGCAACAGAUGUCAGUGAGGAUAGUCCUAAAGGGGUCACAAUUGGCAGCUUUUCUGGACUUGUAGUCAGUCAGACAGAUGAUGCCUGCAAAUUAGAGAGAUGUUCACAGGAUAAUUUCAUCUUUGCCCAAACAGCCAAGACCUCAACAGCUUCUCCAUCUGUGUCCUUUGGGGGGGCCUUUCAAAUUGGAAAGUCAGAGUCGGCCGAAGUAACAUCAAUAGCCUCAGCUGACACACUUGUGCCCAGGCCAGGUGGAACACCGUAUCCCAUUGCUUCUGCAGUUGGCAGCAGAACCUCCAGUUCAACUAGUAGUGCACAGUUGAGAGGGAGCAAAGCUGAUUUUGUUUCAAAGCAAGAAGAGCCCCUCAGUACAGCUGGCCAAAUUGCUGCUGCCAUCGCUGCUAUCAAUACUUUGCAAGAUUCAAGUCUUGCUAACUCAUUGACAUCCCUCUCGGUUUCAUUAACUGAAUCCACGGCACUGUCCAGUCCUGAUGGAAAGUAUGCAUCUCGUACAAGCAGCCUGAGCACCUCCAGUGCAGCUGAGAAACAGGCAGGUACACAGAGCCCAAAACCACUGGCAUCCAAACCCUCAAUAAGUUUUGCAGGAAGUCCUUCUCUGGCAAGUCCAAGUGGGACGACAUCGCCAUCCGUAUCCACUUCCACGAGCAGUCAGUAUGUACCAGGACUGAUCAUUACUCCAGAGUCCAGCACCAUUUUGGUGCCAUCUGUUGGACCCGCUGACCGGCAGCCUCCGUUGAUGGGCAGUGGUGCAGCAGCGAGCAGCAGCCUGACCACCACCGAACCGCAGCUGGGAGCCACCGUGAUUGCACCGCCCAUGCCAACCCCCGUGACAACCCAGCCCAGCUCUGUCUCAUCGCUCUUUGGUCAGCCCGUGGGCACCAGCGCACCGCUGGCUCUGGGCUUCGGUCAGCUCACAACAACAGCUGCCCCGUCGACCUUUGUGCAAGGUACAAAUGGUAUGGCCACCCCGACCAUUGCUGACAGCACCAGCUCAACAAAAGCUGCCUUUGGUCAGCCAUCGGAGCCAGGCGUUGGGCAGGGACAGCAGCAGCCCACAUCCAGCAGUAGGUUCAGCUUUAAACAGCCCACGUUCGGAGCCCCGUCAUCGUUUCCUCAGCCCGCGUCUACUGCCCCACCUGUGCCAGAGAGCACAUCCUUUCCUGGCGUUCCCACAACCACUACUGCCACAACAUUUCCAUUUGGACAGACAACUCCUGGCAGUGGUACCAUAUUCGGACAGUCUGGUGCCCCGGCGUUCGGACAGAACGUUAGUUUCGGGCAAACCCCUGCUUUCGGAACCAGCUCAGCAGCAACUUCUGGAUUCAGCUUUGGACAGCCACCAAGUUUUGGCAAUUCAGCAGGCACUGUAUUCGGUCAGUCCACAGGCACUGCGAAUGUCUUUGGCCAGCCUGCUGGCGCACAGCCGGUGUUUGGUUCCCAGUCAUCUGGCGGAGGAUUCUUUAGCGGAUUGGGAAGAAGACCAAGCAUGGAUGCCAGUGCUAGAAAUCCAUUCGGACAGGCCAACUUUGGAUCAGCUGAGGCUGCCAAUGCUCAAAGCCUCUUCGGGAACAGUGGUGCCAAGACGUUUGGGUUUGGCGGUGCCUCUUUCGGAUCAGAUCUGAAGACGCCAGGCUCGUUCAGUGCAGGUUCCAGUGUUGCUGCCCAAGGCUUUGGCAACUUUUCCACUCCCUCCAAACCGCCAGGUGGCUUUGGUGCUGCCCCGGUGUUUGGCAGUCCGCCCGCCUUUGGGAGCACCCCAACGUUUGGAGGCUUGCCAACAUUCGGUGGCUCACCAGCUUUCAGUGGAACGAUGAGCCCUUCAGGAGGCAAGGUGUUUGGUGAAGGAACAGCAGCUGCCAGUGCUGGAGGUUUUGGCUUUGGGAGCACUACCAAUGCGCAAUCAUUUGGAAGCAUAGCGAAUCAGUCCACUGUAUCUGGUUUUGGAGGACAUGGGUCUGGCUUUCCGGGCUUUGGGACCAGCGGAGGAGGGUUUGGAGGUGGUUUUGGAUCCACAAAUCAGUCCAGCCAGUCAUUCACCAGUGGAUGGAGGGGUUGAAUUCUAAACAGCAUUGCUUGAUACGUUUUAUAAACUGUACAUAGCUAUACAGAUAUAUAAUGUGUUGAGGUACCCUUGGUAACCCAAGAGGGUGGUAUACUUUACAGAGAAUCAUAAACUGCAAAUUAAUCAAGUCCCCGUUGAUCGCUUCAAUAAAUUAGAUUAAAUCAUGUUUGUUACUUUGAGAUAUGUCUUUGUCA